ACCACAACAUCACCGCUUUAGCUUGUUUCCCUUUACUGAUCUGGAGCAUGGCGAGUGCAGUGGAGAGGUUGCUGUGGGCCUGCAUUAUCCUGGAUUCUGGUGUGUGCUCGAUCUCACUGCCAGCAAUCACUGAUUUGAAGUUCAUUGAGGAAUGUGUGAAGGAGCACAACCUGGCGCGGUCAUCUGUCAGUCCGCCUGCUACCGACAUGCUGUACAUGACGUGGGAUGAGGCCUUAGCCAUUACUGCCAAAGCGUGGGCGAAACGCUGUAUAUUUGAUCACAACAUUUACCUCAAAAAUGCUCCCCGCGUGCACCCUUCCUUUCCCUCUGUGGGAGAAAACAUAUGGACAGGCUCUCCACCAUCACAAUUUAAUACAACAAAAGCCAUAAAGAGAUGGGUGGAUGAAGUAAGAGACUACAGCUACCAAGAGAACAGCUGCAAUAAGGUUUGUGGCCACUACACACAGGUUGUGUGGGCCAGCACCUACAAAGUUGGAUGUGCAGUACAGCUGUGCCCAGAUGGCAUCAAGCACUUCACUAGUGAAAAAGGUGUCCUCUUCGUGUGCAACUAUGCCACAGCGGGUAAUAUAAUCGGACGGCGCCCAUAUGCAUCUCAGGGGGGAGCCUGCUCUAAGUGCAGUGACACUUGUGAGAAUAAACUCUGUCGUAGUCCUGGACGUGAUUUGCAGAAAAGCUACAACUGGAGCCCAGACUGGGACACCUCGGAUACCAGCAGCUCUACCUCUGUCAGCAUUCUGAUCGCUCGGCCGGUUGCCCUCAGCUUCACUUUCAUUGCAGCGUAUUUAGUCCACUACUUCUACCCUGAUGUAUUCUGCUAUGAAUAAAGCAGCUUGGCCUGAGCAACACUGAUUUCCUUUAGACAUUAAACAAAUUAUUCUGUCCAUGUGAGGCUUAGGCCCAAAAAUGUAACAUGUAUGAAAAUUAAUAAAAUUACUUUUAUCUCUGCUUAA